UCUCCAGUGCGUUCACUCACGCGAAUAUGUAAAUAAGAAGCACGCGACAACGUUUUAAUGGACGUGUUCUUGUGAUAUUAGUGUCACUGCAACUUUCUGUUCCGUCUUCGGAGAUAUUUUUAAUAUGUGAAGUUUAACCGAUACGAGGAGGCUCUAUUAUUGUCACUAUAUCAAUUUUAUUCAUAAAAUAUUCGAAAUACUAUUGACAAAAGUAAGGCCCCUAUCAAAAAUUAUGUACCUUCAGGAGUUAAGUCCUGCAAACAUUUGGAAGUGAAAAAAGCUGCACUGAUUAAUUGAACCAAGUAAAACAUGCUGUGAUUUUGUUAAUAUUUGAAUAAUACUUAGGCGGGAUAAACUAAUAAAGUUAAUUAGAAAAACAGUUUGGCCUGUUACAAUAACUUUCAUCAAAUAUUUACUUAUUCUCUUAUAUACCAAAUUAUAUGAUUCCUGUAACAAGUCUUCCAAAUGAACCAAAUUUUCUGAUAAAAGUCCAAACCCACGAGAACUUAGCUCAAACAGAUAUGAAAAUAAAGACAUGUACGUCCGGCAUCAUGCACAAGAGUCCUCUUCCGACGGUUGCUUAUCUCCAAGGGUGUCAACUCCUGACAGCCACUACGCAUUGACGGUUUCCAGCCCUUUGUCCACAGCAUCCGAUCCAGGGAUGUCGUCCCAACCUUACACCCCCAACUACUACAGACAAGAGUGGGGUGGCAGCAGGGGAUACUACGGGGAGAACAACAACAUCUACAAUAAGUACGACUACAAGUAUAAGUCCCAAGGAGUGGAUAGUCCCAUGAGCAGUUAUGCGAGACAGGACUACUAUAAUGACAGUAAGUACAAAAAAGAUACUAAUCCUAGAAGAAGUAACAGUCAACCCCAGACGGGGGUAGAAGUGAUGAAAAAACGUAGGCUAGCUGCAAAUGCUAGAGAGAGAAGGAGAAUGAAUAGUUUAAAUGACGCUUUUGAUAGGUUAAGGGAUGUCGUUCCCUCUUUGGGGAACGAUAGAAAAUUGUCAAAGUUCGAGACGCUGCAAAUGGCUCAGACCUAUAUUGCGGCGUUACACGAACUAUUGGAAAGAGACUAG